CACGUGCUACUUCCGGUUACACUGAGACACACGCGUCUAAGCUGCCGCGGGGACUCGGCAGUGACUGACGGAGGUCUGCUAUUUCCAUCAGCUGCUCGCCUGGGAUCCCGUCUGCAGCCACCAUGUCGGGCAGGAACAACAACAAGCUGCCCAGCAACCUGCCGCAGUUACAGAACCUGAUCAAGCGGGACCCGCCGGCCUACAUCGAGGAGUUCCUCCAGCAGUACAAUCACUAUAAAUCCAAUAUGGAGAUUUUCAAGUUACAGCCAAAUAAACCCAGCAAAGAACUGGCGGAGCUGGUGAUGUUUAUGGCACAGAUUGCCCACUGCUACCCGGAGCAUCUCAGUAACUUCCCACAGGAGCUGAAGGAGCUGCUCUCUUACAACCACACCGUCUUGGACCCGGAUCUCCGCAUGACAUUUUGCAAAGCGUUGAUCUUGCUGAGAAAUAAAAAUCUCAUCAAUCCAUCGAGUUUGCUAGAGCUCUUCUUCGAGCUUCUGCGCUGCCACGACAAGCUCCUGCGGAAGACUCUGUACACACAUAUCGUGACCGACAUCAAGAACAUAAACGCCAAACACAAGAACAAUAAAGUGAAUGUGGUGCUGCAGAAUUUCAUGUACACCAUGUUGAGAGACAGCAAUGCGACUGCAGCCAAGAUGUCGCUGGAUGUCAUGAUCGAGCUGUACAGAAGGAACAUCUGGAAUGAUGCUAAGACUGUCAAUGUUAUCACAACUGCCUGUUUCUCCAAGGUCACCAAGAUAUUAGUUGCUGCUUUGACGUUCUUCCUUGGGAAAGAUGAGGAAGAGAAACAGGACAGUGACUCAGAAUCCGAGGAUGAAGGACCCACGGCAAGAGACCUGCUGGUGCAGUAUGCCACGGGGAAGAAGGGCUCCAAAAACAAGAAGAAGUUGGAAAAGGCAAUGAAAGUGCUGAAGAAACAAAAGAAGAAGAAGAAACCAGAAGUGUUUAACUUUUCAGCUAUUCAUUUGAUUCAUGAUCCCCAAGACUUUGCGGAAAAGCUUCUGAAGCAGCUAGAGAGCUGUAAGGAGAGGUUUGAAGUGAAGAUGAUGCUCAUGAACCUCAUCUCCAGAUUGGUGGGAAUUCACGAGCUUUUCCUCUUCAACUUCUACCCUUUUGUGCAAAGAUUUCUGCAGCCCCACCAGAGAGAAGUCACGAAGAUCCUUCUGUUUGCUGCACAAGCCUCUCAUCACCUGGUGCCACCAGAGAUCAUUCAAUCGCUGCUCAUGACGGUGGCCAACAAUUUUGUUACUGACAAGAACUCUGGGGAAGUCAUGACUGUAGGAAUCAAUGCUAUAAAGGAAAUAACAGCUCGAUGUCCUUUGGCCAUGACUGAAGACCUCCUCCAGGACCUGGCUCAGUACAAGACUCACAAAGAUAAGAACGUAAUGAUGUCUGCCAGAACUUUGAUUCAUCUCUUCCGGACACUGAACCCUCAGAUGCUGCAGAAGAAGUUCCGGGGUAAACCUACUGAAGCCUCCAUUGAAGCAAGAAUACAAGAAUAUGGAGAGUUAGAUGCUAAAGAUUACAUUCCCGGAGCAGAGGUUCUAGAGAUUGAGAAAGAAGAGGAUACAGAAAAUGAUGAAGAUGGAUGGGAGAGCGCCAGCCUCAGCGGGGAGGAGGAGGAUGGUGAGUGGGUUGACGUGCACCACUCUUCCGAUGAAGAGCAGCAAGAAAUUGCCAAGAAGCUGGACAGCAUGCCCAUGGAGGAGCGGAAAGCCAAAGCUGCAGCCAUCAGCACAAGUCGGGUUUUAACGCAGGAUGACUUCCAGAAAAUCCGCAUGGCUCAGAUGAAGAAAGAAAUGGACGCUGCCCCCGGGAAAGCCCAGAAAAGGAAGUACAUAGAGAUUGACAGCGAUGAGGAGUCCAGGGGUGAAUUGCUGUCUCUUCGGGACAUUGAACGCCUUCAUAAAAAGCCCAAGUCUGACAAGGAGACAAGACUAGCAACUGCGAUGGCAGGAAGGACAGAUCGAAAGGAAUUUGUGAGGAAAAAAACCAAAAUAAAUCCAUUUUCCAGUUCCACAAAUAAAGAGAAGAAAAAACAGAAGAACUUUAUGAUGAUGCGAUACAGCCAGAAUGUCCGGUCAAAGACCAAGCGCUCCUUCCGGGAGAAGCAGCUAGCACUACGAGAUGCACUUUUGAAAAAGAGGAAAAGAAUGAAGUAACAUAGCAGCAAGUUACCGUUUCCUGCCAGCGCUAAGUGUGUAUCGACAUGCCGAAAAUUAGUAAACAUUUGCUUACAUUAAAAGGUCAAGAGACACUAUAUUUUGGAAACCACAGUAGCAUUUGUAGAAAUUUGGUAUUUUUAAUUUGGAGGUGGGGCUGGUGGGACUGUGAAUGUAAAUAGUAGCGGUGUUAAGAUCUCCUUUCUAACUCAGAGCAAUAGCAAGUGCCUACUAAUUGCUGCAUGCACAGCUGAGUGAGCGGAGCCCCACUGAGGGCAGGUGUGUAUGCCGUGUUUAUAGUGAGCUUGUAAGUAGUUCCUUGUGGCUGUUGGUCCAGAUUCCUGGAGUCGCUGGGCUCCUGGACUAACUGCAGGAUGGGAGUCAUACAUGCUCUUCAAACAGGACAGUGUUACAAGAGUAAGAGGUUCUUACUUGUAAAUAGGCUUGCCUGCUGAACAGGCUCCUGCUGUACAGACUGUGUUUUCUUCUCUCCUUUCAAUGUUAAGAGUUGGCUAAGACCCCAUUUUUAAAAUUGCCUUAAGUUUAAAUAGUGAUUUUGAAAUACCUAGCAGGGUACGGAGGCGCACACCCAUAAUCCCAACGUUCAGGAAGCUAAGGCAGGAGGCUCAUGGGUUUAGAACCAGCUUGGAACAUACUGAGUUAGUUCAAGGGCAGCCUGGGCUCAUAGUGAAACCCCAGCCAAAAACACAGACCUUUGAGCUUUCCGUUUGUGCGGCCUCUCCUCUGCCUCUUCUCUGCCGUCGGUUGCUGGGUUUGGCUGUCUGUGCAGCCUGCUCUCUGCUCUCUGCUGUUGGUUGCUGCUGGGUUUGUUUUUGUUUUGCUCUACUGGGGAUCAACCCCAGGUCCUGGUGUUUGCCACUAAGUGGAUUCUCUGCCUCUGAGAAUUCCAGCCCCAAGUGCCUGCUCUUCACUGGUUUGAUCAGUUCCCUUCAUUCUCAACUCAGCCCAUUGUUUACCUUGUUCUCAACCAAAGCUACACGUUUUUAGUGUCAGAUAGGUGUGUACAGUGGACAGUCACGCUUGAGUUCCGUGUGGGACAGAGUCUGCAUGCAGGCUGCUGGAUUUAGAAAUAGUCUGGUGCCUUUUGCUUCAGCCAUUUUAGGACAUCCUCUAAUGAAAAAUGUCUAUGCUUGGAUUGGAGGAAGGGCAGUUCUCCGCCCCUCGGGAUUGGCUUUCCCUUUUCCAUUUCAUUGUUCUGUUCAGUUGCUGAGCUUAACUUUGGUUUUAUUUUCUGCUGUCACUUUUCCCCCAUGGUAGCCUGGGUCCCUGGUAGGGGAUUGCCCAGCCUCACCCCUGCACAGCUGCGGAGGAAGUGUCUGUCAGACCUGAAAUCGGCUGCAAGAGUCCAGCUGCAGCUCUGCUCUGUGGCCUCUCAACUCCUCCUGCCCCACCUCCCAGCUACUCACUACCAUGUCCACUUUCUGGGCUACUAGGGGUUAUACUCAGGCCUUGGCAUUUUAAAUCCAGAACACCAGCUCAUUACCUCCAUGGCGUUAGCAGACGUCACUGGUAAAGACAGAGUCUCGGCUCUUCUGCUGCAUCUCUGUGCUAGUUGGGUGUCUUCUGUAGUGUGGAGAAACAGGGACAGCGCAUGCUCGAGCCUGAUUAACCCUGCCUGCCAAGGCUCUCUGGAAAUGUCACACUGCCUACCUCUCUUUUAGUAAAUUGUGUUUUGGUGGUUCCCCCCCUUCCUUCUUUUUUCUUAUAAUAGUUAAGUUGCUGUGUUUAUUUUAACCGUCAUGUCCAGAGUCUAGGCAGCUAGUUUAAAAUACAUGUUGACUGUCCACUGUGUACAAAGCACUAUUAGGUGGGUAUGGCUGCACAUACCGCAUUUAUGUCCAUGAAGACAGAGCCGUGCUUCGUCAAAAUCCAGUCACUUCGCAGUAGGCACACACUGAGCCUUUACACUGCACCAUAAUCCUUGUGCCCGAUGCCCACGGUGGGCAGGACAGCACUGUAGAAAACUUGUUCUUGAGUUCUGUGCUUAAGUUGUAAUGGUCUUGGUAUGAUUUUUAAAGGUUAUAGUUAAUACAAGUUUUGUUUUUAUUUAUAUUCUAAUUCAUUGAAAAUUUGUAAUGUAUAUAGAGUAUUACAUUGAAAUUCUAUUUUAACUAAAACAUUUGUUUUGAGUGUUCUGUCUGUUUAAUCCAUUUUAAGUAACAUUUUUAAACUGUAUAUAGACAAUGGUGCUCUCCCAAAUAGCAUCCUCUCAUCAAUCCCUUCCCUGGUUUUGGAGUGUGUUUUCUGAGAUUUCAGGAAGUUUAACCAGACAUGGUGACAUAACCUACAGUCCCAGUAGUUGGGAGAAUGAUGAAGGGUAGGGAGUUGCUGUGAGUUUGAGCCCAGUCUGAACUACAUAGCAAAAUAACAAAACCCUGUCUCGGGGAAGGGGACACAAAACGGAGGAGAAUAGAGAGAUCUGGACUACAGGAAGGAAGUUGGCAGCCCCUGAAACGCUAGGUCGGGUCCCGGCUCUGAGGCCCCUUUCCUGGUGGUUUUCACCUCUGUUUAAAGGUGCAGAGGGAGCAGAGACCACCGCUGCUUCUGCUGCAGUUAAGUCGCGUGCACAUAGAGCUCUGUGUGUUAUUUUCUCUGUCAGAUUCUGCUUGUUUGUUUUAUUAGGUUAAGGUUAAAGUAUGAAAAGUAUUUGCUGUAUAAUCUGGUAUACAUGUGGGAGAUUGUAAAAAAACGUGCAGAAUAUGUGCCAAAUCUUUGGCGGGGGGGUUGGAAUCAUGUGUAAGAUGUGUUUUUUACUUUCUGAGUCUUGCACGGUGUAUGUUUUUACUUAUGUCAUUGUGUAAGAAACAAAGAGAGACAUGGGGAAUAAAGGUACAUGGAGAAUCA